CUCCACCAAGUCCGUGAACAUGAUAUUCUUGUUUGGACCCCUGUCUGCAUUUCCUUCUACUUGAAGUUGAAGUUGACUCCUCUAUUAUCCUCUCCCUUUCUCAAAAACAACAUACAUUAUUGGUUUUCAUGAUCUUGUUCCUAUUUCAUCUGAUUGCAGGGAGCUGCCAGUUGAAUUCCACCAGGUAUAUUUGGUGCAUAAUUCCAGAGAAGCCAAUCGCCUUGCGGACAGCUUAGCUAGGAAAAGCAGCAGUAGUGAUUGUGGGCUUAUUGUUUUUAAUUCGAGCCCCUCUUUGACUGUUAGAUAAUUUAAGGGGAUUAGCACUUUCCAGGAUGACUGCAAAUUCUUAGCUCUGUACACGUUUAGUUCAAAGCUAUGCAUGGCGCUUACCAAAAUACAGAAAAAGAAAAAGUUAUGGAAAUUGCUGAAUCACUGAAAUUGGAUAUGGAAGUUGAGAGUAAUACUUCUUUGAGGAAACCUCGAAUCCUACUCGCUGCAAGUGGAAGUGUGGUUGCAAUAAAGUUUGCAAACCUUUGUCAUUGCUUUAUUGAAUGGGCAGAAGUUAAAGCAGUUGCUACAAAAGCUUCUAUGCAUUUCAUAGAUAAAGCUGCACUUCCUAAGGAUGUGACUCUUUACACAGAUGAGGAGGAAUGGUCAUCAUGGAAUAAGCUAGGAGAUGAUGUGCUACACAUUGAGCUCCGUAGGUGGGCUGAUAUUAUGGUCAUUGCACCUUUGUCUGCCAACACACUUGGGAAGAUUGCAGGAGGAUUGUGUGAUAAUUUGCUUACCUGCAUUGUGCGAGCAUGGGAUUAUAGUAAGCCACUUUUUGUAGCUCCAGCCAUGAACACAUUAAUGUGGAACAACCCUUUUACAGAACGGCAUCUUAUGUUAAUUGAUGACCUGGGGAUCAAUCUUAUUCCACCUGUAACCAAGAGGCUAGCUUGUGGAGACUAUGGGAAUGGUGCAAUGGCUGAACCUUCGCUCAUCUUCUCAACUGUAAGGCUCUUCUUAGAAUCCAGGGGUCAAUCAAGCAAUGGCAGCCAAUGAACACCAUAUCACAAGCUCCAGUAGUCUAUCAUCCCUGUUCCACAAUGUCAAUCUGUUUCAUCAGGAAGGGAAGCUGCUUUCUUUUCCUGUCUGCUUCAAAUCUAUUUGUGUUUGACAUUUUGUCAAAUCUAUGAAUAAUAUUUUACCCACAUGCUUGUGAAAUGGAUCCAGUUUUUCCGUUUAGCUUCUCUAAGUAUGCAUUUCUUUAAAGUACCCUUUUCUAUGUAUUCUUUUGUUAAUGCAUUAGUGUCCACUCUAGGUAAAAUUUGCUCUUAGUUUGAUUUGCAUUUCACUUAUUUUUGAUGGUGUAUGAUCUAUGUGGACCAUUUUUUGCAUAGUUUGUAAUCCCGUAACUUCGGUAUUGUUAUUCUUGAAAAUUGUUCCUCAACACUUUCUUCUAUUUUUGCUGGGAUCUGGACCCUGGAAUGAUAAAUUCCUCUGUGUUUUCCUUCUAUUGAAUUGUCAAGUCUUUUCUCUGUCAAUUUAUCAAUGUGAAUCACCUGCAUAAUUUAAGUCGAGUAGUUUGAACCUAGUGUAAGGAAGGAGACAUAAGAAAAGGAUAGAAUUUACAGGCAGCCUUUGCCUGUAUAUUCAUGGAUGUCUUUGUCUGUUUUUCUGAGUGAUAUACGUAGAGCACAAUUUUUUUUCUUUCACUAGAUUUUGCCUUCUGUGACGCAUCAUAAUUUUUUUAGAACUGCUGCAAUAUAAACAGGUUGUUGAAUUCUUGAAGUUUGAACUGGGAUGCUGGUAGUUGGAAAUUAUGCACUUAGGACUUAAAUUGGUCUUUAGUAAUAAACAAUUUCUUUCAACCUCCUGUGCUCAAUAAUAUGCCUCAUCAGAUGCAUUGAAUCUUUGAUUCAGUGAAAGUGUAAAUCUUAGUAUUUAUCGUACUUGUAGCUACUAUUAGAAGUAGGAGUUGCUGCAUAACUUCUGGUUUUCCAGAAGAGUAAAGAGGUUACUGGGGAUGUAACCAUUUUUGGAAAUCAAAACACACAAGAGGAAGGCAAUUGUAGCAUAACGAUGCCUCUUUUCAUUCGUUGAAAAUUCCUCAUUUUGAUAAGAACUUUGGGAUGCUAAACUUAGCGCGGAAAAAGUUUCUUAUUCUAGACAUUUGAGCCUCUCAUUUAUUUUCUGUUGUCCAUUAAUUGUUGAGACCAGAAAGAUCACAGCUGUUAAUUGACUUGCACUUUUCAAGGACCUUUUGAUUUUGUGUUGCUCUAAACAUUUGUUAAAGAGGUUAGUUUUUUAUGUAUUUCACACAGAAAGGAUUUUUCAAUUGCUUUUACAAGGAUUCUGGUUCUGUGUGAAUUAAAAUUGAGUUGGAGAAAGAUAAGAUUAAAAUUUGAGAGUUUACAAAGAGUUCUGUCUCUGAAACGAAGUUUAAAGCCUUCAGAAAUUGGGAGUUGUACUAUGUUGUUGUUUGUGGGGGGUUUUUAGAGAGCAUGUUUUGAGAUGGUUUUCCUCUCUCUCUCUUGGAUAAGUUAAUUUGUGUUAAAUUACUCGUUACUAAUUAGACUGACUCUGCUUGCUUGCGAUUUGCAAGAUAAAGAUCCAGAGUUAGAGUUCUUUAUCAAGUUCAAUGACUGUUUCUGCUCUACAUACUAAAUUUACAUUGAUC